AUGUCGGAAAACAGCCAACAACAACAACAACAGCAAAAUGUGGUUAUGGGACCACCUUUGCAUCCACCCAUGAGAGAACGUCGUGCGAGUGGUUUAGGAAAGUUUUUAAAAGGUUUGAAAAACAAAGAUGGACAUAGCAGUGGUGGUAGUAGUGGUAGUGGUAGUAGUAGUUCACACAACCACCAUUCAGCACAAUUCAAAUCAAAUACAUUGAAUACACCGAGUAUCACCACAACAAACGCACCCACUUCAUCGUCGGUCGUAUUCUCCUCACACACACUCCUUCCAACAACAGCAUCUUCACCGACACUCUCCAUACCAAACCACAAUGGUGGUGGUGGUCUUCACCCUGGCAGCACAGGUGUUAAUCGUCGUUUGUCAUCGAGCAGUCUGAGGUCGUCGUCCAACUCGAGUCUGUCAGUGAAAUUCAUGGAUACUGUCACUGUCGAGGACGACUAUGACGGCGCGUCCACCACAUCGUUGAAGUCGUCGCCACCGUCAACACACAGACCACGCUCAUCAACCAAGUCCGACAAGAAAGAACGUUUCAGCUUCAUUACAAGAUCGUUGCGAAGAGUAUCGAAAAUGAAUUUACACGAACCGGAAAAUAGCAAUGACUCGUCAGCGGUGUCGACGCCAACCAGUACUCAUGGUGGCGGUGAACAGAAUGCAUACAACAGUUGGGAUCAACGUGUGGAAAUUAAAUCCAGUUUCGGAAGUAACAAUUCCACUGAUAAUCUGGAGAGUGCUGCUGCCAGCGCAUCUCAGUUGCUGUCGACGCCAGAGAAGAAGGCGCGUCGUAACAGUAUUUUCGUUCGACUACUGAAUCGUGGCAAAAAAGAGUCGCCAACCGAGGACGACUUUGUCAUUGGCGGCGGAGUCGGAAAUAGUGGCGUCGUUGGCGGUCUAGACGACUCCACCAAUACAUCGCCAUCGCAGUCUCCGAUACUGUCGAAGCGCACCAAGUCACUUCUCAAUGUGAGAACCACAUUGCCACCACCAAUUGUCGACGAGCUGCGCGAACAACUCUCAGAGGCAAACUCAGAGUUGUCCAGUCUACGAAUGAAGGAAUCAGAGUGGCGUCGCGAGCGUGAAGAGUUGAUCCGAAAAAUCAAAGCACUCUCUGAGCAGAAACAAACGAGUGAUCCAAAUCUGUCGACGAGUGGUGCUACAUCGCCACCUCGUUCACCUCAUUCACACUCCAAUUCGGAACCACAACUCUCAUUAUUAUUGAUCAACAACAACAGCAGCAACAACAACGAACAUAAACAGCAAUCACCUCUUUCUCAUCAACUAAAGAAAUCUAUUUCACAGGACGACGACGACAACGAUUUUACAGGUUCAAUUUCGAAAUCACCUUCAACCACUUCAUUUAUCCAGACAGAUCAACAACAAUUGCAACAACAACAAUCCAACCAACAACCUCAACUCUCACAGUCAUCUUCAUCGAUUUCCUUUGUAACGACAGCCAUUUCCACACCGAAUCCAUCACCUCCUCCCGUUUCGAAACGUUCACACAACCGAUAUACACUAGCCAUUCCGAAAUGGGACGACACUAUGAAUUUCAAUGGAACACCAUUCGAACGUCUCGUUCAAGCACUACAAAACUCUUGUGAAAUAUUCCCACCAAGCGAUGCCUCGUUGUUGAGCGGUGUUUCGCAGCUGAUUGGUUCUACAGGCGGUCACUCACCACAACCAACAUUGUCAAUCAUUGAGAAAAUCCCAUCGGUUAUUCUAUCGGCAGGAGGUAGUCAAUCGGCAUCGGCCAAAUCCAAAUUGAAUGGAUCAACCGAUUCGACCAUGUCGGCAUCGGAGCUGGCCAACCAAGAAGAGAAACGACAGAAACGUAUCAUCCUUUCCAGUUGUCUUGAGAAACUAUUAUACAAACUCAUCGAUGAGAACAACGAUAUCUCUGCAAUCUCCAAAACCUUUUUUACAACCUAUGAAUGUAUAUAUGACUCACAUGAAAUUAUAGAUAAAUUAAUUUCAAUUUUCAAGAAUGAAAGUCCACAGUCACAAAUGAGGAUUUGUACAAUUAUAAGAAAUUGGCUACAAAACUAUUAUAUUCCAGCACUUUGUGAUUACUUGUUUAUUGGAAAGAUUAAAGAUUUCAUUUUGGAGAUAAGAGGUACCGAUAAGGAGUCUUACAACUACAAUAGAUUGUUGGAUUUGUGCAACCAGAUUACCUAUAUUGUUGAGACCAAGAUUAUAGAGCGUGGCGGUAUCAUUGCCUACCACUCGCCAUUCAACGUUGUCGACAAGCAAUACGUAAUGAAGAAAUCCAAUGCCAAAAUCAAAACGGUGCUGGCCACCUCUUUGAAAUCAUCGGGUAAGGAUCAUGAACACAUGACACCCACCAUACUCUGGAAUCAACAGCAACAGGAGCUCGAAGAACCUUCGUAUCUUCAGCAUCACCACCAUCAAUCUUCGCCACCACCAUCGCCACCACCCGUUGCCAUGUCGAAACACGAACGUGUCAAUCAGCUCAUGGGAUCGCCAUCACACCUCACCGCCACCGACCACUCCAACCACAUGACACCGCCACCCAGCGAAUUCCGAUUUGAAACACGUCCUAGAUCCAGCACUUGGUCAACUCCCGACAUUUUCCUCUCCAUCAUGGAUGCACCCUCCAAAGAGAUAGCUAAAUCUCUUACAGUUGUUGAUUAUGCUAUUUUCAUUUGUAUUGAUCCACCAGAAUUGAUGAAUGGAGUAUGGGGAAAACCACAUAUGAAGGACAGAGCUUUGAAUAUCACAAAGUUGAUUAGCAGAUUCAAUGAGAUCUCAAUGAAUGUCAUUCAAACCAUUUUGAACGAGGAGAAGUUGAAGGAUCGUUGUAAAGUGAUGGCCAAGUUGAUCAAGAUUGCAAAGCAUUUGCAUGAUUUGCGUAAUUACAACUCGAUGAUGGCUAUCUAUGCUGGAAUUUCGCAUUCGGCUGUGGUGCGUCUGAAGUGGACCAAGAAGAUCUUGCCCAAGGUAAACCAAAAGGCACUGCAGGAUCUCGAGAAACUGAUGGACAGCGAAGAGAACUUUAAGAACUAUCGUAACGAGUUGAAAACAAUUACCACUCCGUGUAUUCCUUUCUUGGGACUGAUUCUCUCGGAUAUGACUUUUAUCCAGGAGGGCAAUCCCGACUACACUGGCAACGACAUCAACAGCGCCUCAAUCAACAUCACCAAGCUAAAGAUGGUCUACAACUGCAUCAAACAGAUUCAACAGUUUCAAAAGAAUAGCUAUCUUUUGAACGCUGAUCCAAGAUUGACUCAUUUGUUGACACCAAACUUUAACAUCUUUGGAGAGGCAACCAAUGCCUAUCUUGUUAAAUCAAGUAGUUCACAAUCAUCCAACAACAAUUCCAAUAAUAAUAAUAACAAUGUUAAUAGCAACAACAACAAUAACAAUAGCAAUAGCAAUGAAGUUGAUAAUAACAAUAAUAAUAAUAAUAAUAAUAAUAACAAUGAAAGUGGAAGUGAUAGUAGUGAUAAUGAAAUUGAGUUACCUCCAUCAACAAAGAAGAAGACCAGUCUUGGUGAUAGUAGUGAUAAAGAGUGUUUGACUACCAAAGAGAAUUCCGAGGAAUUAUUGGAGCGAAAGCUAUCACAAGAUCGUUUGUAUCGUAGCUUUACAUUGGAGGACAAAGAUAAGAAGAGAAACAACUACAAUACCUGGUCACCAAACAAGAAUCUUCUCUUGAAUGGCAGUUCAAAUUCAAUCUUUAAGAAGAAGCCAUUCACACCACCCACCUUUGAGAGAAGUAUGAGCGAGACCUAUCUACCAUCUUCCAUCAAAACCAAGCAGGAACUAGAGACACACCAACUUCUCGAUUCAAUCAUUAGCGGUGAAUACAAUCAUUCUACAUCUUCACCAAACCUCUCAAUAUCACCAACAAAACCAUUAAUUAUUAUAAACAACAACAAUAAUAAUAAUAAUAAUAUCAAUAAUAGUAGUGAUAAUAUUAAUAAUAAUAAUAAUGAAACGAAUUCAUUUGUAAGUGGUAGUGAUCACUUGAUUCCAUUACCAAAGGAAGUAGUUAAUCCAACACCUGCUAUCACAAUCAACAACAACAAUGUAUUAUCAAAUUCCUCUUCUUCUUCUUCAAAUUCAAACUCAGCUUCACCACAACAAUCUAUGUUAUCACCAUCAAAACCACCACCUCAACAACGUAGACCAUCGCUUUCCAAUCCACCAUCACCACCUUCACCCAGAAGAUUACUUGGUAUCAAUCAUUCGAAAUCUCAAUCGAUGUUGACACCGGAAUCAACGACAUCACUCUCAGUAUCGUCGUCGUUCAGCAGCAUGACUGUCACCACAACAACAUCUACCACAACCACAACCAUCACCUCAGUCGACACACCAAUUAUUGUCGAUAGCGCAGCAAUACCAAGAAAGUCGAGUCGUGCCAAGAGUAUCAGUACCAACAACAUCUUUAGCGUGCUCUCAACGAACGCCGGUGGAAACGCCAGUAAAGAUACUCACAGUUACCUCUCGCCUAAGUCACACAACCGAUCGUCUUCGACUUCGACAUGGAACGGUGCUAGCACUACCAACAGCAGUUCGGCAUCACCACAACACAGCAGCGGAAACGUUUCGCCAGGCAGUAACAUCAGUAGUCAUGGAGUGACAGCCAGUGGUGGCGGUCAUCACUCACUCGUCAACCACGGUAGUUUCUCAAUUUUCAACAACAAACGCAAAAGCAUUGCCAACAUGGAAUCAAUGUCACAAAGACUACCUCAUUCAUUUGCGCCAAUGACAGACGAAGGACUAUUCCAUCUUUCAUUAAAAUUGGAACCAAGAGGUGUAAAAUAUCAAGAUCUUCAAUAA